GCUAAUGCUGUAAUAGGACAGAACAAGGUUGAAGUAACUCUCUCUCCUCUCCCUCCAGUCUUCACUCUCCAGGACCUGUGCUGCAGAGCGAUUGUCUCCUGCACGCCCGUCCACCUGAUCGACAAGCUGCCGUUGCCCGUGGCAAUAAAGUCCCACCUCAAGUCCUUCUCUAUGGCCAAUGGGAUGAACGCAGUGAUGAUGCACGGACGCUCCUAUUCGCUGGCCAACGCGGCGGGCGGGUCUAAAGGGAACAGUCUGAAGCGUUCUAAAUCUAUCAAACCCCCCCAGAGCCCCCCACAGAACUGCACACGCAACAACUGUAAAAUCUCGUAGUGAUAGACCCUGUCUGGGGGAGGGGGGAGACUGACACCCUAAACACACUGAAACAGACCCUGUUCCUUCCACUGAGGGGAGGGUGUGUAGAGCCUGUGGGGAGAACCAAGUCUGAGACUUAACCUAAACCCUGAAGAGAUACUCUGAAACAGACCUAGCCCAUAGCCCAUACCCUAACCCUGAAGGGAGGAGAUACCCUGAAACAGACCUACCCCAUACAUCCAGAAUACACCCAGAAUACAUCCAGAAUACACUCAAAAUACAUCCAGAAUACACCCAGAAUACAUCCACAUCCAGAAUACAUCCACACAACCCUACUGAGUUCUAGUGUUUUCCCCUCUCUUCUUCCCUCCCGUUCUCCCUCUGUUGAUCAGAGUGUUGCCUCCUGCUGUCCCAUGAUUCAUAUGUUAAAUAAUAGAUGUUCUCUUCAUGGAUCUCUGCCUGCUCUCCUUCCUUCCUCUCUCCAUCUCCCUCACUCUGCCUGCUCUCUCUCCCUACCUGCUCU